AUGGCUAAGCGCUUGAUUCCCACCUUCAAUCGCAUUCUCGUAGAGAAAAUUGUUCCUCCCUCUAAGACUAGCGCUGGCAUUCUCCUCCCCGAGAAGUCUUCCCAGCUUAAUUCCGGUAAGGUGAUAGCAGUCGGACCCGGAUCACGAGACAAGACAGGGAACUUUAUUCCGGUGUCCGUCAAAGAAGGUGAUCGUGUGCUCUUGCCCGAAUACGGUGGAACGCAAAUCAAGCUCGAUGACAAAGAAAUAUACAAGUUAUCCGUUAGCUUGAAGACGCUAAAAGACAGAUUUUCUUCGAAAAAUUUGAUUGCGCCGUUACAAGAUACACAGCAAGGGUAG